AUGGCCAUAGUUCAGCUACUGACGGAAAUUGAAGAGAACAACUACACCGGAGACUAUAAAAUUAUAUACAUGGCCCCAGUGAAAGCGCUGUGUUCAGAGCGGCUGGCGGAGUGGUACCCGAAGUUUACGCGGCUCGGCCUGCUCUGUAUAGAAGUGACCGGGGACACCGAUGUUGACUUCCCACAGUUAAAGCCGUAUAGAAUAAUAAUAACAACCCCCGAGAAAUGGGACAUGCUCACUCGCAGGUGGAAGGACCACAGAGCCUUAGUCGAGAUGAUAAAACUAUUCCUCAUAGAUGAGGUGCAUAUCCUGAACGACGAGACACGGGGCCCGGUGUUAGAGGCUGUUGUUAGCAGAAUGAAAACUGUUGAGGCAUCAGCCCAAUCGUCCCACCGUAUAGAACAGCUCCAGCGGCAGCAGGAAGGUCACAUCAUCACGUCAUCACCACCGCCUAUCCGGUUCGUGGCGGUGUCGGCCACGGUCAGCAACCCCGAUGAUGUGGCCACGUGGUUGGGGACUAGGGAAAGACCGGCUGUGUUUUAUAAAUUUGGUGAUGAAUGUCGUCCAGUGCGACUGAGACGGAUAGUAGAAGGCUAUCCCUGUCCCGCAGGGGCCAGCAUAUUCAAGUUCGACAUCAUACUCAACUACAAAAUAUGGCCCAUCAUACAGAGGUAUCACAAUGGAAAACCUACGCUGAUAUUCUGCAACACCCGUAAGAGUGUUCUUCUAACUGCCGAAACGCUGUCUAAAGAACUAACAGUCAGCUUCAGUCAGGAACAAAAGGCCAAGCUCAUGGAAAUUGCUUCAAGGAUCAAAACGAAGAAGAUACAGUCGUUAAUACUGGCCGGAGUUGGGUGCCAUCACGCCGGCCUGCUGUAUGAAGAGAGACAGACCAUAGAAGACGCUUUCCGCAAUAGAAAACUACCCAUACUUAUUACUACCACUACCCUUGCAAUGGGCGUGAAUUUGCCAGCACAUCUCGUUAUCGUAAAGAACACCCAGCAAUACGUCAAUGGAACUUACCAGGAAUAUAGUAUCAGCACUAUACUUCAGAUGGUGGGAAGAGCUGGCAGACCACAAUUCGACACAGAAGCAACUGCUGUCAUUAUGACCAGACUUGCAGAUAAGGCCAGAUACGAAGCGUUGGUGGGCGGUUGUGAGCCUCUCCAGAGCUACCUACACAAACGCAUAGCUGAGAACCUGAACAGCGAAGCAGCCCUGUCUACAGUCUGUGACGUAGCCCAGUGCGUGCAGUGGCUUAACUCCACCUUCUUCAGUGUUCGAGCAGCUAGGGAUCCCAAGAGAUAUCUCGGUCUACCGUCCACGGCUCCUGCGCAUCAGAUUUCUAAGAAAAUUGAAGAGCUAUGCGUCAAAGCCAUGAACGGUCUGGCCACAGCUGGCCUCAUAACAAUGGAUGAGGUCAGCUGCAUCGAAUCAACUGAUGCCGGUCGCCUCAUGUCAGUUUACUAUUUGGACUUGGAGACUAUGAAGCUUAUUAUGAAGAUAGACGGCUCAGAAUCCCUGGAACAGCUACUAUGGCUGGUCUGCGAGAGCCACGAGCUCUCUGAGAUGCAUCUGCGAGUGGACGAGAGACGCUGCCUCAACCUGCUGAACAGGAACAAGGCAGCCUCCACCAUAAGGUUCCCCAUGAGGGGUAAGAUCAGCACGAGGCAGAUGAAGUCCAACUGCGUCAUUCAAGCGAUACUCGGCUGUCUCCCAAUACUGGACCCAUCACUGAACCAAGAAGCCACCAAAAUUAUAAGAAUAGCAGAGAGGGUUUGCAAAUGUCUAGUAGCCUACAUGACUCGCCCCGACAUCCAGAAAGGCCGCUACUUCUCCGCUGUCCUCAAUUCGCUAAUACUCAGCAAGUGCGUAUGCGCACAUCUAUGGGAGCACUCGCCGUAUAUGAGCAAGCAGCUGCGUGGUAUAGGGCCGACUAUCAGUGGGUUGCUGGCGACCGCUGGGAAAGUCAACUUCACCCUUAUAGAAGAGAGCCAUCCAAGGGAUUUGGAGAGGAUAAUGAACAAAGCACCCCCUGCUGGAAACAUGCUACGGAAACAAGUCUCGUUACUCCCAAAAUACACCUUUAAGUUGUCACCACUCAGUCCAAGGACAGUGAGAGUUCAGUUGAUGCUACUAAACGCAGCAUUCUUAGCAGAAAACUUGGACCACUUGACUGCUGGAGCGAACCAUAAGUGCUCCAUAAUUGCCGGGGACAGUGACAACUAUAUCUUAUACUUCUCUACUUUUAAAGACUCGGAUUUAGUGAGUGUGUACGACGGAUGUAUAACCUUUGAAAUAACACGACUUCACAAUCACGAACACAAGAUUAUGGUACAUUGUAUUAGCUCAAAUUUCGGUAUGUUUUGACACAAAUUAAUUUUAAACUUAUACUUACGUUACUUUGUAUUAUUAAGCAAUCCAUUAUUUCAGUUGGCCUAGAUGAACGAUGCGAACACACUUUUGUCAGUCUGAUACCGGCUGUAACAGACGACUUUGA